AUGUCAUUUAUUCUCCACUUCCUGCUCGGCUGCUGUCUGCUCGCCUCGGCCAGGGCCACGUGCAACGUCUGCAAUGCUGUCAACAACCUGACCUGCUACUCCCUCAACCAGACACAGGCCUGCGAUGCGAAUAAUUUGCCCACCGGCUUGCCAUUCAGCUGUCCCACCGAUUAUGUGUGUGUUAGCGGGUCCAACGGAGUGAUCUGCGAGCCAGAGGCCAGUGCGGCUAGCCAGGCGGACUGCCAGGAGUGCAACAUUUGCGACACAACCAACACCUUUGCCUGCACAGGCACCAGCAGCUUUGCCCUCUGCCUGGGCACCGACACGUUGCAGGAUUCAGUCGGAACCUGUGCCGACGGCUAUGUGUGUAAUAUCAAUGCCACACAGAUAUGUGGUCUGCCCGCGGAUGGGAUAAUGCCCACGUGUUCAUAUGCCGAUGAUUCAACUGACAGCAGCACCACCAGUCCUCCUCCAACGACGACGGCACCUUCCACCAGCAACCCAACUACAUAUUGUGCCGCCGUGCAGGCCGAGGGAAGGUUUGCAGUAGGCAAUGAUGCCUACACGACCUGUCGCCAGUAUAUCAUGUGCAGCUUGGUCAGCGGCAGUUGGGAGGGUCAGACCUAUACAUGUCCGGGCAGUCUGUACUUCAGCAGCGCUACCAACCUGUGUGUCGCCGCAAUGCCGUCGACGUGCUCGACCAGCGUCAGCUCCACAACCUCAACGACAGCGGCCCCAACAACGAGCAAUCCUGCUGCCUAUUGUGCGGCCAUGAUGUCGCAGGGAUACUAUCCAGUGGGCACAGAUCCCACUACCACAUGCCAUCAGUAUAUCUACUGCUUUCUGCUGAGUGGCACCUGGAGUGGAGAGAUGUACACCUGUCCGGGCAGUCUGUACUACAACAGUUCCAGCAAGAUCUGUGCGAGUGCCCUGCCCUCGACCUGCUCCGCCACAGUAGCUAGCCUGACCCUCAAUGGCGUGGCUUUAGAGUAA